AUGGAAAAUAUCGACAGAUUGUUGGUAGAAUCCUUUCUUGCUCAAGGAGACAUUGCUGGGCUACUCAGAUACAAAGAAAACCCCACUCCUCAUCCCAGAUCUGGCCAUCGUCUCUGCUUCAUAAAUGGAUACUUGUGGCUGAUUGGGGGCUACGUUCAUUUUCUCCCGCUCUCGCGAGGCCCACGAGUUCCAAUGAUGGAAAUAGUCGACAAAGAAGUGUGGCGAUUUGACCCGAUGCUGUCAAACUGGAAGAAAAUGGAAGUGGAAGGAGAGCCGCCGAAAACAAUGGCCUCUCAUGCUCUCUGCUCUUCUGGUACGGUUACAGAUCAGUUGAUUAACCUGCAUGUUUACGACACAGAGCUCAGUCGCUGGUCAAAACUCGACGAUCAUCUUAACGAAGAAAACGACUUCAUCCCCGAAGGCGUCUACGGCCACUCCUUAGUCAUCGUCAAAGACUCGUUGUAUAUAAUUGGCGGCACGGCGGGGCAACAGUUUUUCAACAGUGUUAAUCGCUUCGAUCUUGGGGAAAAGAAAUGGGAGCGAGUUUUCGAUCAUAUUGUAAUUUUCAACGAAGAAGACGACGUUCCAAGCGGACGCUAUCGACAAGAAUGCGUGACUUACAUGGAGAGAUGGAUCUUCAUGAUCGGUGGCGGGACGAGCGCGGAGUUGAAAGCGAAUAUAUCAGAACCAGACGAUCUCGAAAUCCGCGAGUUCCAGCCUCCAGACGUUCGCUGCCACUCUUUGGCUAUCGACGGCUCAACAAUUUACAUGGUCGGCGGGUUUCUUUCUUCUUCACGAGAAGGAAGAGCAGCAGGAACGUCAAAAUGCUCCGAUGCUAUUUGGAAGCUCGACAUAAAUCCAGAGCGACUGUCAGAAGAAAAAUACAACCCGAAAAUAUUGACCCUCAACUGGAUAAAAAUCCAGCAAAACUUGCCACAGCCAAUUUUCUUCCACGAUUCCGUCUACGCCUUCGAGCAUGGCGAGAUCUUCGUCUUCGGCGGAAACAACAAAAACGGGAAACGAAACAACGAUCUCACUAGACUGCGCAUUCAACCAGGUUCGUUGGAAACGCUUUCAAAAAAGGUCAAAUACCGGCAUUUCGGAGAGGAAAAGACCAAGUUUACCUGUUUGUAA